AUGCACCCCGAUGACAGAGCAAAAACGACAUUCGUUACAAGUGUCGGGGUGUAUAACUACAAGAUUAUGCCCUUCGGCUUGAAAAAUGCCGGAGCGACAUAUCAGAGGUUGGUGGACCAAGUGUUCGCCGAACAAAAAGGCCGCAAUAUGGAAGUUUAUGUUGACGAUUCCAUCGUCAAAAGCAAAGAUGAAAAGGACCAUGUUGCGGACCUAGCCGAAACGUUCGCCACUCUGAGAAAACAUCAAAUGAAGCUGAAUCCGAAGAAAUGUCUCUUUGGCGUGAAGUUUAUCUCAAAAGCCUCGGACAAAGGGUUGCCCUUCUUCAAAGCGCUCAAACUCCCAAAAUCUAAAGAGCUCAUAUGGGAAGAAGAACAAAAGUUAGCCUUCCAACAGCUCCGAGAGCACCUGGCCAAUCUCCCAAUGCUGGCAAGACCAGCCGAAGGAGAAAUCUUGUACUUAUACGUGGCAGUUAGCCCUGCCACAAUAGUGGUCUUGACAGAUCAACCGCUGGAAAAAGUCCCCGGCAAGGUUGAAAAGUCAGGUAGACUAACAAAGUGGGCCUUCGAGCUCACUGAGUUCAGCAUAAGCUGUCAGCCAAGGGCAGCCAUUAAGGCCCAAGCCUUAGCAGAUUUCCUGGCCGAGUGUUCCUAUCAGGAAACACUCGACGAAGGAAAGAAGAUCUGGAAUGUAUUCACGGAUGGCUCAGCCACCGUAAAUGGUUCGGGGGCAGGGUUAGUGAUUACCUUUCCCGAAGGCAAAAACUGCGAGUAUGGAUUCAAAUUUUCGUUCAAGGAUUCUAAUAACAAAGUAGAAUAUGAAGUAGCAAUUGCUGGCUUAGAACUGUGCAUAGCUCUCGAAGCCGAGCAUGUCUGUUUAAAAACAGACUCUCAACUGGUCGCUAAUCAGAUUUGGGGCGAAUAUGAGGCAAAAGAGCCCUCCAUGAUCUCUUAUCUCGCCAAGAUCAAGUCAGUCAUAGCGAAGCUGAGAACUUUUGAAAUUGAGCUGUACCCAAGGGGCCAGAAUGCUCAAGUCGACGCGCUUUCCAAACUUGCAAGUUCGACUCUCACCGAGCUGAACCGAUCUGUAUAUGUGGAAGUGCGCCGAAACAGAAGCAUUGACCAAGAAGCUGAGGAAGUUUAUCUGGCAGAAUAUCAUCACUCGCUUCGGCAUCCUAAGCUGUUUGUCUUCGAUCAUGGAAGACAAUUCGACAACCUUCCGCUGAAGCGAUACACUGAUAAGUUCGGAAUAAAACUGGCAUAUUCGGCAGUCUGUCAUCCUCAAAGUAAUGGCCAAGCCGAAGCCGCAAAUAAACAAAUACUCAAGGCUCUCAAGAAGAGGGUCGAAGAUCAGAAGUCCAAGUGGAUAGAGGAGCUCCCAGGAACUUUAUGGUCACUUCGGACAACUGAAAAAGAGGCUACGGGGCAUUCACCCUUUGAAUUGGUGUAUGGAUCCGAAGCUAGUUUACCAGUGGAAAUUGGCUCAGAAAGUCUUCGGGUCAACCAAUUCUCAGCUGAAGAAAAUGAGCAUCUCAUGAAAGAAUCCUUGGAUUUCCUAGACGAAAUCCGAGAUUCGGCCAGAGACAGAAUGGCAGCAUACAAACAAAGAAUCAGCAAGUUCUAUAACCAAAGAGUCCAGGCAAGACUCCUCAAAGUUGGGGACCUUGUUCUUUGGAAUGCUGCUGCUGUUCAGAAAAGUCGCAUCCAUGGAAAACUCUCGGCUAACUGGGAAGGGCCUUAUGAAAUAUACGACGAGCUCCAGCCAGGAACUUAUCGGCUUCGGUAG